AUGGGGCAGAUGUUUGAACUUCCUUGUCCAUUCUGGGUUCAGGGAUUCUCAAACAAGAACUUCGGCUUUAUCAACAAGCAAACUGUCUGCUACCCUUGUGGCAAUUACAUCCUCUUCCUGGACGUCAAAACAAAGAAAACGAUAGCACUGCAAUGCCCGGCUGGCCAAGUGGGAGCCCUCACAGCAAAUUGGAACAGUCAAGUCCUGGCCUUUUCAGACCGGAAGCUGAAUCCCAUCAUAUAUAUCUACACUUUUCCAGUGCUGAGUAAACUGACAGAAUUAAAAGGCAAUGCUCAGCUGGACUACUCCUUACUUGCCUUUAGUUUCACAGGCCCAUAUCUUGCCAGUUACUCUUCAAUCCCAGAAUUUGCUCUUUCAGUAUGGAACUGGCAAGAAAAUAUCCUCCUGUGUUGUGAGUCUCAGCCAGGGUUAACAGCGACCUCUUUAAGUUUUAACCCUAUGAAUUGGCAGCAACUGUGUCUCGUUAAUGAAAACUCCGUUACUGUCUGGCAUAUUGAAAGGAAUAAUGACGAGCAUCACUUUAAGCAAAUCCUCGUGGAACUCCCUGAUGGACAAGAGUCCUUGAGUCCUUCUAAGGGUUUGUUUUUCCCAGUUUCUCAUACUGAAGAUCAGUACUAUGGCCCUGAUUUGCCAGUUUCAGCCAUUGCUGGACUGUUAGGAGAUGAAGCAGAAACAUUCAUGCCAAGAGAUUCUGUUAAGCCUUCAGUGCAUCCUACUGCCCACUGCUGGACUGCCACCUCAGAAAUUUACUUGGCCUGUGAGGAAGGAUAUGUUUUGGCAAUUGAUGCUGAGACAGGCAGUGCUUCUGUUCUUCAACAAAAACCUCUACCUGAAUAUGUAUGUAAAGUAUCAGACAUCGUGUCAUAUGUUCGAGGAGAAGUACAGAAAAAGAAAGGUUGCAAGCCAAAGGAUCCACAAGAAUCAGUUUUACAUGCCAUGGCAUUUUGUAAUGAGGGACUGUAUGCAGCUGGAAGUGGGGGCAUUUUAUUCUUCUAUCACAUCAAAGAUCUGCAGUAUGAGAUGAAAAUCUGCGUUGAUAUCUUAAAACCCAUAUCCAGCCUCAUAUUCUCACCUGAUUACACUGUGCUUCUGCUUGUCACUGACGAGGGGACAGUCUAUGCUUACAAACCUGCCCACAGUGGAGAAGCUGUCAAACUCCUGGAAACAUGCAGUAGUUGUUUUCUGGCAGCUGAUUUUCUUACUCCAGGGGACAAGUACUGUGUGUCUGUAACAAUUUCAGGUGAAGUACAAGUUUGGUUCCUCGAAGAUGGAACUUGCCUCAGCAAGCUCAACCUUGAUAUUGAGGCAACAGCUAUGGCUUGCUGUCCCUCCUCCAGCAGCGUUGCUGUAGGGACCGGAAGAGGUCAAAUCUAUUUCCUUGAUGUUACCAAAGCUGAAGCUCCACGGGUUGUUCACAGAAUUUUUCUUUCCAAAUUUCCAGUGCUGUCUUUGCAUUAUGACCAGAGUGGCCAGUUCCUCAUCACUAGGGCUGCAGAAGGACAUAUCUUUAUUCUAGAUGCCCGACCUUCAAAAUUAUUCCAAGUUCUUGGAUAUGUAGCCUUAGCAGAUGAAGUGCUGGAUCUCUCUGUAGUUUCUGACUUCAAGAAGGACGUAGUUGAAGUGACGGCACUUCUUAAUGUAGCAGUGGGCCAGAGAGCAAGACUGGAAGUUUUUUAUCUAUCUUCAGCACUCACAACAGAUAAUGAUGAAUAUGUUAAUGAACAAGGAAUGUUUGAUGCUAGUGCCAUUAAAAAGGAGCAUUAUGAUCUGGAUUGCCCUCUGAGUUCAGCAGUCAGAUUGAAGGAUAAUACUGUAUAUGGCUACUGUACCUCUGGACUUUUCAUCUAUAAAUACCAUCUCUCUGAAAAGAAUAUAUCGGAAGAUCCAUCAAUAUUUUUAUCAGAGAAGAGGACUCGUAGCAAUCAGUUUGGAUUGGGGUUCCUCUGUUUAUCACCCAACAGCCAGUGGCUGGCAUCAGCAGCAAGCGAUGGUGUUUUGUUCAUCUAUCAUACUUCUACUAUGGAUAUACUUGCUCGUAUGCAUUGUCACUCAUAUCAAGGAGGGGGAAUCAGAUCCAUGGUAUUUUCGCUGGAUGCCAAAUUCAUUCUCGUUAUUGGGAAAAAUGAUGGUGCCCUGGUGUGCCUGAAAUGGAAGAAGAUGAAGAAUACUGAAGCUGAGGAAGAUGAUUUUCACUGGCUAUCUCUUCUUCCUAUACUGAACAAGUCAACUUCAAAUGAAGAUGCUGUUUUACAGUCUAUGGCAGAAUGGCAUUUUGACCCAGAAUCCACAGCAGAAUCACUUCCAGAAGAGAAAUUUAAGGAUGCACCACUUAAAUCUUCCAAUGUAGAGGUGACAGAGGAAGAUGGAAACGUCACUAGUUUGUAUUCAGCCAAUACCAAUGAAAUGACAUGGAUAGACCAGAAAAUAAAGAAGGUCAUUAGAGAAGAGACUGAGAGGUUUGCUAACCAGAAGAAAGAGCUGCAAAUGGGGAUUAAAAAGCUGCGUAAAACUAUUCAGAAAAUGAUGCAUGAAAAUGAACUGGUGCCAGACAUUGAGAAACUGGAGCAGCAGGAGUUCAACCUGGAUGUAGAAGAACAGGAAAGAGCACAAGCAAAGGCUGAACAAGAAGUGGCCAGGGCGAGGAAGGAGAUUGAAAUGGAGAAUUUAGCCAACCGCUAUUUGAAGGAUGUCAUCAAACAUGAGUGCUGGGAUCCAAUGUCUGUAAAAGGACGUGCUGUUAAGUGCUUCCAUAUAACUUCUGAAGUGAAAAAUUAUCCAAUGAAGGAACGUACUGAAGAAGAACUGGAAAUUUUGGAGAAAGUUCUCCAGAUAAAGAAGCUUGAGACAGCUGAUCAUAAGGUUCAGAAGAAAAAUCUUAAAACUGAGUCUGAGACUGUAUUACCUAAGGAGGAACAAGAAAAGACAGAAGAAGUAAUGGCUGAUAAUAGUGCAUCUUCCUGCCUGAUUGGAAGUCUGAGCUCUCAGUAUGGUGGAGAUACAUCUAUCCUGUACCACCAACUGGACUUGCACACCAGGGAGCAGAAAGUCAAUCAGAUAGUAUUAUUAAAGGACAUCAUUUACAAAGUGAAAACUGCUUUUAAUAAGGAAUUUGAUAUAGUUGCACGACAAAAGGAGCAGGAGAUAGCACGAGUGAAAGAAAGAAACCUGAGAAUCCGAGAAAUCUUGGAACAACUUGAUCUGCAGUUGGAAGUGUGGGAGCCGGCUCUUACAGAUGAUGAGAUACCAGAACGAGCGCUCACAGUCCAGGAUUCAGAGAUUAAAGUUGAAAAAUACUUGACUCAAGAAGAGAGAGAGAAAGCAGAAAUGCUGGCUAAGCUUGAAAUGGAAAGACGCCUUGCUGAGAAGGACAAUGAAAGACUGCGUGCUCUUAAUGACAUGAUGGGUGGAGUGCUAGAAGUCAAAAAGGAAGACAUCUUGAAGAUGGAUAUUCCUCCACCUCCUUUUCUGUCCAAGCCAGAGCAUGUUUGGAAUGAAGAAGAAAAGAGAAUAUUUAGAGAAUAUGAGAUAAAAGUCAAGGAGCUGAACGAAGAAAAAGAGGAAUAUAGAAGGGCACUGGAAGAUGAACUGAAGAAACUUGAAGCUUCCAUCCAGGAAACAACACAAAAUUUUGAUGAGAUUGUGUGCAAACUCUCUGAAAGAAAAGUGAAAUCAGAGAUGGUCAUCUACCAGGAAGAACUCAAAAUAGUCAAUCUUGUUUAUGCUUUACUGUUGGAUGAAGAGCUGGACUCUAGAAAAGCUGGACUUCAUAAUUUUCUUGCAAAAAAGGAAAAAGAAAAAGUCAAGACUAUGAAAAUACUCCAGACUACAAAAAAUAAAAUUGAGGCUUACAUAGACACCUAUGAAAGUGCAAUAGUUGAAGAGAAGAAACUGGAAUGCGGUUUUACAAAGGAGUUUGCUGACCUACCUGCUCAUCUCCUUAAUGAACUUGCCCAACUUUACAAACAACGACCAGAGGCCCCAAGGACAGAAGUGGUCUUUGACACUGCUAACCCGUAUGGCAAUUGUUCAGGCUCAGCUGAAGAUUACCAAGGUGCACGUACACUUUUAGGGAAAUCCAUGGAUCAACUGGAUAGUCUGGAGCACAUGCCUAAUGGCUUAGACCCAUCUAUAUGGGAACGUUUUUGUCUAGCUAGACGAAAUAAAGUGGAAACUGAGGAGCUGGUGAAACAGAAAGCCCUAACGCUGGCAGAGAUGCAGGCCUUUCUCCAGAGAAGAAUGGAUGACAAUGAGAAGAUUAAGUCAGAACUAGAAGGCAUUUACCAAGAACUUAGAUGGGUGCAGGAGGAGAAGAUGAAAUUUCAAUGGAAUUUAACCAUCCAGUUUUUGCUAAAGCAAGGACAGGUGGAAUUGGAAAGUACUGGGAUCCCAGAGUACAGUGAUGCCAUUCUCAUUAAUAGGAGUGUUGUUGAAGAAUUGAAUUGCUCUAUCAUGGCUCAAGGAGGAAAAAAAAUUGCUAGCAUGCUGGAAUGUAAAGACUUCUCUAAAGGGAUAUUUCAUCUGGAAUGGGAGCACAAGAAAAUGAGAAUGCAGAUAGAAGAUCUGGAACAGAAGGCUCGGGAUAUAGCAACACUACCUAUUUCAAAAGACUGCCAGCUGUUCCUAAGUGUGCAGAACUACGACACCCACAUCACCCACCAGAUUUCAGUGAUGGAGCAGAGUCUUGGCAUCCUGGAUAAGCUGCACAAGAAAAAUGUGAAGAAACAUCGGAAAAGAAUUAAAGAGUUGGAGAAGUGUAUCAGUUUAAAAGAGCAAGCAAACCACAAGCUCAGCCUGGAGCUGAGAGAAAUGCUUGUCUCUGUGUCAGAGAGGAGGCACAUCUUUAAGGCAGCCGACACACAGCAUGUUUCUAACGAGAUUGCAAAGCAGCGCUACCAGGAGAUUUUGAAGCAGAAACACCUACGGGAUCUUGUAAAGGAACAGGAAGAACAGUUUGAAAUUCUUCAGGCAGAAGCAGAAAGACUGAGAUUAAGAGCAUUUCCUAUCCUUUAGUAAUCAAAGUCCGUGUAGAUGUAUAAUACCAUGGUCUUGUCUGAGAAAAAGAACUUGGAUGUAUACCUUUUCUCCCUGAACUUUUCUUUCAGUUUGUUAACUUCAGUUUGAGAGAUAGCUGUUUGUCCAUUUUGUUCAAUUUAUACCUAGUUUUAUCCCCAUUAUACUUCAGCUCAUGAGAUUUAUUUCUGCUUUUUGAUUUUGUAAACCACAUUGCUCAUUACAGUAAACAAAUGGUGCAAGAAAUUGUAGACGGAUACAAGAACAGGUGAGGUGUACUUGUACAUCCUUAGCCUGCAACUUGCAACUGUAGACAUUUUGAAGGCAAAAUACUGCAAGAGAACUAUGAAAUUUCAUCUGCUUCAAUUCACAUCUGUGACUUUGACUUGAUUUUGCUUUUUAAAUAUGUUUACACCUGUGAUGGCACAGUUGUACUUUGCUGAGAUGAAGGUAUGUUUCAGCAUGACCAGGUGUGUGCUACCUGGCUCAGUCCCAAGAGCUGCAGUGGUGUGAUAGAAAUUUCCCACAGCCAGCAGCAGCUGUGAUUGCUGCCACUGACAGAAUCACAAGAAAACCAGGUUUGGAAUCAUCUGGCCUCCUGAAAUAGCUGCAGCUAUCUCCCACCCCUUUGCAUUGAUAGGCAGGUUCUUCUCCUGCCAGAUCUCUCCAAGACAGCUAAGAUAAAGAACCUUUGAUAGAAUUAACUACUGCUGGAGACUAAGCAGGCAUUCUGACCAGUAUUUAUUUCCCUCAUCCCUGUUUGUCGAAUCUUCUUCUUUCAUGAAUUCAUAUGAAAUCUAAACUUGGUCCAUUUUGUGAGCAUCAAUAUCUUUGAUACCUCAGUUUAACAAAAUUUUACACUCGUAAGAACUGCUUCUGUUGUGAUUUUGUACCCUGCCUCCUUUUUUUGCUUUAUCAUCUUCAACUGGGGCCUGUGAGGAUACUAAUUACACCUCUAUUCUUGCAUAAAGCUUUUUUUCUUCCUGCUGAAACUUCCCUAGAAGUAACAGAGUUCCGAGUUUGCAAAGGAUUUCAGGGAAGAGAACCACCCCCUUCACCAGGCACCAUCAUCUUUUUUCAUUAAUAUAAAAAGGCAGAAGAAAUAGUGUCUUAAUACUCAAAAUGCAAUUAGCAAUUCAAGCUGUUCUUAAUUAAUUACCUCUGGACACCAGCAGUUAGUAUUCUAACAAGCAAGUAAGGGGUACAGGUUUAAGUCUAGCAUUGAUAGGGCUCAUGAGAAAGGUCUGUAUGAUCUUGGAUUUUCUUUCCCUUGACAUAUGUAAGAAAUGACUCCCUUAAAGAAAUAUGAAAUGGCACCUGUUCACAAAACAGUUAAGGUACAACAAUAAGGAAUGUGAGCAGAUGUAGAACAAUAGUCAUAGCAGAGAGGGUUGCAGAGUAGUUAAGACUUACAUAUUUCUACUAUUGACAAGCCAUGAUUUUAAGAAUAAAACCAGACAGAAGUCACCACACUCUCUGCACAGACCAUGAGGAGAAAAUAAGCAAUUUCGAGUUUAGUAAAAAAGAAAAAGACAACAUUGAUUGGGGGACAAUUGAAAUGCUGAAGCUUUAGUCAGCUUUAUGAUCCUGUAUUCGAAGCACUCCCAUUAGAUGAGGCCUUGCUUUUCGUAUUUAUUUGAAGACAGAAAGCACUUUGGCUCUCACAUGAAGUAGUAGACAGAUGUUGGCUGCAAUUUUCUUGCCUUCCAUUCUGUUACCCGAGGCUGUGGCAGAAAAGCAUUUGCUUGAGCGCGCGCUUCCCUGGAGACGCUGUCUGGACCAGGACCUGAAUACAAGUGCAUUCUGGCAUAUUUCCCUCCAUAAUAAUUAAAGCUAUUCAGAACAUCUCAUUGCAGCUUCAGAAUAUUAACAUGAAAAUUAGUUAUCUUUAUGUAACUAGCAAAAUGCUGUCAUUAACUGGCUGGCAGCAGGAAGGC